AUGAAAAAAUGGAUAGAAAAAGGAAAGUAAUUCCUAAAAAAGCUUGAAGAAGAUCAUGAUAAAAAGAAAAAAGAGGCAAAAUAGAAUUAGGAUAAGUAACAAAGCGAAGAAGAAAAGAAAGAGUCCAUGAUGUCAAAAUCAUUAGAUGACGAUAAGAUGUAUAAAUUAGGGUAGUUAUUGCUAAAUCCAACUCCUUUAGAAGAUAAUAACAAAUUUAAAUUGCAGAAUUCAGCAUUUUUUAGACAGCAAAUUAACUAUAUUUCUCUUUGCGAGUAGCUAAGAAAAAAUAAUCACGAGAUCGAUUUCUAAUCAUAAGGAUUUUAGUAGCUGCUGAAAUAAAUUUACAAUCAAGAUCAAGAGUAUUAGGCACCAAUAAUUGAGCAAAAUCCACUUUUUUUGAUAGGAGUAGUUGGUUUUCAUCACAAAAAAGGUUCAGUAGUAGAGUUUUUCCAUCCUUCAAAUAUGAAUGAUUUAAAUUAAGAAUAGCAAUAGUAUAUUUUGGAUUCUUUACCAAACUAUUGUAUGCCAGAUGCUAUUCACAAUAAAAAUGAAGAUUACGUUUACUUCACUCUUACAAUAAAGCUAAAUAGCAAUGAAUACACUCUAAAUAAUUAAAAUGAGCAAAGUUAAAAUUUAGUUUAAACUACAAAGUAAGUUACACUGUUUGGUGUUUCAUAUUUUAAAUAAAUAAAGGUUAAUGAAAAGAUGAGAUAAAUGGAUAAAGAAUUAACAAGAAGUCAUUUGCAAAAAUCUUUAUUUGUAUUGAGCACUGUACCUUUACAAGGCUAUAUUAUGGGUAGACUUGAGCCUACCACUAAGGCCUACUUUGAUUAAGAAAAUAUAACAGACUAUGAAAUACUCAAAUGUGCUUAUGAUAAUAUGAAUUUAACUCUUAAAAAUAAUUAAAAUAUUUAAGAAAGUGAGAUAUAUAUUGGCACCUCAUUAAAGACUAUGAUUCACUUCUUUAAAGAAAAGACUUUAGUUAUUUUAAAAGCUUUAUUACUUUAAAAAAAAAUUUUGGUUUACUCACUGCACAGCUGCUCUACCAGUAAUUUUGUAAUGAGUUUGAUUAGCUUAAUACCCGGUCUUUCAUUUUUCAAGUUCAAAAGUAAAUAUAUAGAUAUAAUAUAAAGUGCUCUUGGUGAGUAUGGAUUACCUUUAAGAGUUUUUAAUGAGCAAGACUGUCCUUUGGAAUUAUACUUUACGAUCUAAUAAUUAGAUAAUAUGGAUAAAUAUAAAGGUUACCUUAUAGGUACUACAAACUAGUUAAUAAGGUCUCAUAAAAAAACUGGAGCUGAUUUAAUAGUUGAUUUGGAUACAAACUAACUCAUCAUCUAAAAUGAAGCUAUAAAGACAUCUCUUUAACUAAAUUCUGAAGAAAAAAAAUUUAUGGAAGGUAUCACUAAAACAGUCAAUAAAGUAGUUAGUGAAAGUGAUAAAAACUGGAAAAAUAUGGAAUACAGUUAAAACGAUAGCUCAUUUAUUGGUAGUAAUGAUUGGAUUAGAUAACAGUUCACUAAAUACAUCAUAGAUUUGCUUUGUGAGAUAGAACUUGUAAAAAAAAGGUAUAGAGAUUUCUAAGAUGAAAUAUCAAAUAGACUAAAAAGAAAAUCAAGCUUAGGAAAAAAAGAUGAUGCAAGAAUUAACCAAAAGUUAGAUAAAUUAGAGAAUAACUUAAGUCACAGAAAAGAAAAAGAUGAAUUUUAAAUAGAAUCAGGUAAUCAAGAUCAUUAAAUUCAAUAAUCUUAGUCAACUACUGCUUCAACUAUUUCAGAUUUAGAUAGUAAAUAAGAAAUUACUUAAAAAAGGAAAGUCAGUAAUCUCUCAGAAAAAAGCUAAAACAGCAAUGAUGAAGAAAUAAUAAAUGAGUUAUUUGAUGAUUUUUUAAAUUUUGACUCUGAUGAAGAAGAAUAGUAAGCAAGUUACGGUCAGCAAUCAAAUAAAUAUGCUAAAUUUAAUUAGCUUGAUGGAGACACUCUAUUAGCUUUUAACAUAGAUUCAGAAGUAUCCAAAACAGAAAAAAUUUUUAAGCAAAAGAAAAAACAGUUGAAAAUUAGUUAUGCAACUUUAAAGAAAUACAAUUUUAAAUUUUUGAAAGAAUUCUUUCUAACUGAAAAUUAUAAGUACUGGUUACUUCAUCACGAUGAUUAAAUAUAUUUACGUAGUAUCAAUUGUUCAGAGUUGACUUAAAGGUCUUGCAUUACUCUUGAAAGUGGCUAAAUAUUCUUUGGUUCAAUGUAAAAUGGGGAAAGAAACGGAAAAGGUACAACAUUUGAUUAGAUUUAAGGAAAGAUUGAGCAAUGUGAAAAUUAUGAAAAUGAUAUGAAAAAUGGAAAAACUACAAUUGUAACCUUAAAAAACGACUAUUACUUUGAAGGAGAUUUUAUUGAUGAUUAGAAGCAAGGUUUUGGAAACUUAGUCACAGAUAAAUUGAAAUAUUGUGGUUCUUUUAAUUUAGACAAGUUUAAUGGUUAAGGAACUUUAGUAGAUAAAGAUUAAAGCUUAUAUGAAGGAGAGUUCUAAAAUAACAUGAAAAAUGGAAUGGGCAAAUAUAGAAGUGGAGAUAGCUCUAUCAAUUACGUUGGUUAAUUUAUUGACGAUCUUUUUUCUGAUAAAGGUUAGCUUGUGAAAUCUAAUGGUGAUGUUUACUGUGGAGAUUUUAAAAAAGGGUAAAUGCAUGGUCAAGGUGAAUAUUAAAGUGAAGGUUAUUCAUAUACUGGAGAAUUCUUGCAUAACAAAUUUAAUGGCUAAGGAUUUUAUAAAGACCUAAAAACAAAUAACAUUUAUUAAGGAGAGUUUGUUGAAAAUCAGCUUGAUCCUGAACAAUAACAUAUCAUUAAAUAUCAUAAUGGAGAUGUCUACAGUGGAUUUAUUAAAGAUUGGUAACCUAAUGGAGAAGGACUUAUUUGUUACAAAGAUGGAAAAAUAGUAAAAGGAAUUUUCGAAAGUGGAAUAAUAAAAUAAUAAUUUGAGUGA